UGUUUAAAUAGAUGAUAAGGAUGACAAGUGUAAAGACAUAUAAAUAUUAGCGCACUCAAAAAUUAGUGCCGUAUAAAUAGCAUCUCACUUUACUCUAGGUUACUGUAAGUUUGCUAGUUUCGAAAACAAGUGGUUCAUUCCCAAGGGUGAUGGCAUCUUGAGAAAUGGAGGAAAAAACUGAAAAUUUUGAAAAUAGUCUCAGAACAACGACCAGUGCAGGUAAUGAAUAUAACAAUGUUGUUCUCACGAGUGUUGUAUUGGAGCUUGUUAACAACACUGCAAUAAAGAACUUCCAUAUUUCAUCAAGCGACCAAGACUUCGCCGCAUUCGACGAUAUAGUUAUAAAACUUGAAACAAAUAACGGAACGGAGAUAAAAGCAAUACAGCUGAAACACAGUAACGAGAAAGAAUUAUGCAUAGAACAUUUAAAAGCACAAGAUACAGAUUUUAGCAUUAGCACAUAUUUUAAAUAUUUCAAAAAAAUAAGAAAUGGGGCGGAUAAGUUAAUAUUAUUUACCAAUAGAUCAUUUAAAUACAUCGAGAAUAGAGCUUUUAAAAUUUCAGGAGAAAAAUUCGAUAUUAAACCUGUUAAAGCAAACGACAUUUUACAACUGCGAGAAAACGAAGAUUCUGUAUACAAGUUUGAAAUAAUGGAAGAAAAUUGGACUGCAGAAAAACUUAAUAAAAUUCAACAGUAUCAAAUGUUUUUUAGUAAAUUUUACCUCUAUACCAAUCAAGAAUCUCUUGCUGAUCUAAAAAAUACAACAGCUACCAAAUUCAAGGCACGCUAUUCUUCGAGCGACGAAGUAUCCUAUAAAUUUCUCCGGACAGUCUCUGAAUGGAAUAUCCAAGAUGGGGAAAAAGAAAAACUAAACAAAUAUUGGACGGAACGUUUAAUUGCACUACACCUUUUUUCUUCACAAGUCGAGCCGUUAUCUUUUGAUUUCGUUAAUAAAAAAAGUAGGCGUUCACCUCAGGACGUAAAAAUGGAAAUAUUUCGAGAGGCUAUUUGUUCAUUCGACAUCGCACUAUUUCAAAAAAUAUCGAGCAAAACAGUUAAACAACUUUGGAGUGAUUUUGGAAAAAAUAUUGACUUUAAAGAAUUAAACAAAAUGAGGAAAAGAUAUCUACCUACUAUUAGUCAUAUUGAUCAAAAUAAUAUGGAUCCAAAAACGCUUACUCAGUUGUUAUGGUUAAUGGACAAAUGUCCAUUACUAUUAAAUCACUGUGAAAACGUCAAAAAAGCUAUCCAACUCUGUCCUGAUAAAAAUUUCAUCUUAAUUGGUGAAGGCAAGAUUGAGGAGUGGAUGAAAAACUAUUCUGUGUUCCAAAAUUUAUCAAACUUGAGUCAGAAACCCGAUCUGUGCCAAACGGUCAUGAAGAAUUUUACCGUAUCGAUUCAAGGGAAGGAAGAAAUUAAUCUUGAGACAGUUUUCGGAAGCGAUGAAAAAAGUUUAGAAAAAAUCACAUCGGACAAUUUAGUCGAAAUGCUAGACGGUCCAAUUUGCAUAGGUGGAAAAAAGGAAACACUUCCUGAACCCUAUAUUGAGCGUUAUCUCUGGGGAAAUAUAAUAAAUAUCGCAUAUUUAGAAAAAGUUCACAAAAAUACAAUUAUUGUUUUGAAUUUUCAAAACAACUUUGAUAAAGUCAAAGACAAACUCCGGUACUGUAAAUUAAUUGACAUUGAUAACUUUUUGCAGAAAAAAAACACGUGCACAAAGAAAGAUGUCAAUAAACACGAAAAUAGUUACGAUAAAUCAGACUUUGUUAACACAAUUUACGUAGGUAGCAGGCAUUAUAAUAAAUCCGAAAUUCAACAAAUUUAUAACGAAAACACAGAAACCGAAAAAAUUCACUAUUUCAAAAUUUCAAAUGAUGGAAAUUUAGAGUGGAUGGAAAGCAAAGGUGGUGUUAGUGAUCUAGAGGGUUACAAGCUGACUACGAACGAAAAUACGCCGAACGAAAACGCGCUGUGGUCUUCUUGUUUAGACAAUAAUAUCAAUCUAUUAAUUGGUGAUCCGGGAAGUGGUAAAUCUGUGCUAAUGAAAAGUUUCAAAAAUAAAUGUCCACCGAAAUACUGGACAGUUAUUAUUAAUCCUCAAGACGUUAAUUUAUUGCUUCACGAUCUGAGUAAAAGUGCAAAUUAUGCAGAUUUAAGUGAAAAAAUUAUCAGUAACGAAAAACAUCGGUUACGCAGUGAACUGGAUAAAAAUUUGUUCGAAACGUGUGUUGAAAUAAAAACCGUCGUUUUCGUCUGGGAUGCAAUCGAUGAAAUUUUAAGUGAAAAUUUAGAUUUCGUAAUGAAUCUAAUUCUUCAGUUAUCAAGACGUGGUUUUCUUCAGUGGGUUACUAGCAGACGAUAUAUAAAAACAUCAUUAGAGAACACAUUCAGUUUACUCGCACUUAGUAUGAAAUGUUUUAGUGAAGACGAACAACAACAUUAUUUUAGAAAACGUCUGAAUACUUUUAUUUCCGCAGACAAAACUGAAGUCACUAUCGAAAAAAUUAAAUCGUCAUUUGCAACGGUGGAACACGUAGACAUACUGGGAAUUCCGCUUCAGAUUUUCAUGCUCACGGAAUUGUUUCGUCAAAAUAAUGAAAGAUAUUUGAAACUAAUGGAAAACACUUUCCUCUUAACUGACUUGUAUGAUUACUUCAUUUCAGAAAAAAUUAAUAUUUUUUACAAAGAUAAACUGGAAAUUGAUUUGCAAAAUCCUUACAUAAAAACUAUAGUUCUUGAGAGAAAACAACAAGCUUUAAAAUAUUUUGAAAGUGUGGCGCUUGUAGUGUCAUUUUCCGAAGAAAUUUUGCAACGAUUAAAUUUCGACAAAAAACAAUGCGUUGACAAAGUAUUACGAAGUUACAUAUCUUUAGGUUUUAUAAGUGAAGUCCAAAAUGACGUGCCGCAUUUUCUUCACGAUUCUUUCGUGGAAUAUUUCGUUGCUAUAUACUUUUCAAAGAAUAUUAACAAUUUUAACGACACAUUUGCAGAUAUACUAUUCGACACAAAGUAUACCAACGUUCGUUUCUUUUUUGAUAUGUUGUUAGCUAAAAAUUCGGAAGCUCACAUUGCCGUCUUAUAUAAAAAUUAUGAAUUGCUUCAAACAUACGACGAGGAAACUUUGGCACGCGAAGAUCAAGGUGGCAGAAGUGCGUUACAUUUGAUUUCAUCGUGGGGGAAACGAUACCCGCGUGUAAAAGUUACUGCGGUAGGAAGUGUGGCCCAUAUGGUACACAAAGAUAGCAGUUUUGAUAACAAAGCGGAAACCAAAGCGUAUUUUGCAGCGGCAAUGAGUUUGCAAAGCAAGUAUGAUAUUGACAAACGUGAUCGUUUGUUCAGUGCGACACCUUUGUAUUAUGCGAGAAAAAGUGAGAGUUUAGGGGCAGAACUAAAAUUGCUUCAAACAAAAAAAAAUGAAUUAAAUCAGUUAUGCACUAGUGAUGAUAUAGUAAAUAUUUUAUAUUAUUCCGCUCAACUCGGGUACGACGAGGUGUGUGGACUAUUCACAGCCGAAUUAUUACAUAACUUUCAGUGCGAAAUGAAAUCUAUUUGUACAAAUCACUUUGAAAUAUCCUUGGUGUUGGCAUGCAAAAUUGGCGACUUAAAAUUUUUUGAAAAUUUUAAAAAAUUUGCCGUGAAAAUCAAUGGAGCCGAUAAUGAGGGUUGGACACCACUUCAUCUAGCUUCCGUCAACGGCCAUAAAAAAGUUGUCGAAUACUUGGUGACAGUCGGCGCCGAAAUCAAUCGCGCUACGAAUGACGGUUGGACACCACUUCUCAUAGCUUCGGCAAACGGCCACGAAAAAGUUGUCGAAUAUUUGACGACAGCCAACGCAGAUAUUAAUCGUGUUGAUCCCGACGGUCUUACACCACUUUACGUAGCUUCCCAAAACGGCCACGAAAAGGUUGUCGAAUACUUGGCGACAGUCGGCGCCGAAAUCAAUCGCGCUAAUAAAAACGGUGCGACACCACUUUACAUAGCUUCACAAAACGGCCACGAAAAAGUUGUCGAAUACUUGACGAAAGUCGGCGCCAAAAUCAAUAGCGCUGAUCAUGAGGGUUGGACACCACUUCACAUAGCUUCUCAAAACGGCCAUGAGAAAGUUGUCGAAUAUUUGGCGACAGUCGGUGCCGAAAUCAAUCGGGCUACGAAUGACGGUUGGACACCACUUCACAUAGCUUCACAAAACGGUCACGAAAAAGUUGUCGAAUACUUGGUGACAGUCGGCGCCGAAAUCCAUCGUUGUACUAAUGACGGUGGGACACCACUUCAUGUAGCUUCCCUGAACGGCCAUGAGAAAGUUGUCGAAUUCUUGGCGAGAGUCGGCGCCGAAAUCAAUCAUCGUACUAAUGACGGUUGGACACCACUUCACAUAGCUUCACAAAACGGUCACGAAAAAGUUGUCGAAUUCUUGACGAAAGUCGGCGCCGAAAUCAAUAGCGCUGGCAAUAAGGGUUGGACACCUCUUCACAUAGCUUCUCAAAACGGCCAUAAGAAAGUUGUCGAAUAUUUGGCGACAGUCGGGGCCGAAAUCAAUCGCCCUCAGAAUGACGGUGUGACACCACUUUACAUAGCAUCAGAAAAUGGUCACAAAAAAGUUGUCGAAUACUUGACGAAAGUCGGCGCCGAAAUCAAUCGCGCUACGAAUGACGGUUGGACACCACUUCAUAUUGCUUCACAAAACAGUCACGAAAAAGUUGUCGAAUACUUGGUGACAGUCGGCGCCGAAAUCAAUCGUCGUACUAAUGACGGUUGGACACCACUUCAUGUAGCUUCUCUGAACGGCCACGCGAAAGUUGUCAAAUUGUUGGCGAGAGUCGGCGCCGAAAUCAAUCGCGCUGAUAAUGAGGGUCGGACACCAGUUCACAUAGCUUCCCAAAACGGCCACGAAAAGGUUGUCGAAUACUUAGUGACAGUCGGCGCCGAAAUCAAUCGCGCUACCAAUAACGGUGUGACACCACUUCACGUAGCUUCCUUCAACGGUCACGAGAAAGUUGUCGAAUACUUGGCGAUAGUCGGCGCCGAAAUCAAUCACGCUAAUAAAAACGGUGCGACACCACUUUACGUAGCUUCCCAAAACCGGCACGAAAAGGUUGUCGAAUACUUGAUGACAAUCGGCGCCGAAAUCAAUCGCGCUGAUAAUGAGGGUUGGACACCAGUUUAUGUAGCUUCCCAAAACGGCCACGAAAAGGUUGUCGAAUACUUGGUGACAGUCGGCGCCGAAAUCAAUCGCGCUACGAAUGACGGUUGGACACCACUUCUCAAAGCUUCUCAAAACGGCCACGAAAAGGUUGUCGAAUACCUGGCGACAGUCGGCGCCGAAAUCAAUCACGCUAAUAAAAACGGCGUGACACCACUUUACGUAGCUUCCCAAAACGGCCACGAAAAGGUUGUCGAAUACUUGGCGACUUUCGGCGCCGAAAUCAAUCGCGCUACUAAUGACGGUUUCACACCACUUUACGUAGCUUCACAAAACGGCCACGAAAAGGUUGUCGAAUACUUGAUGACAAUCGGCGCCGAAAUCAAUCGCGCUGAUAAUGAGGGUUGGACACCAGUUUAUGUAGCUUCCCAAAACGGCCACGAAAAGGUUGUCGAAUACUUGGCGACAGUCGGCGCCGAGAUCAAUCACGCUAAUAAAAACGGUGUGACACCACUUUACAUAGCAUUACGAAACGGUCACGAAAAAGUUGUCGAAUACUUGGCGACAGUCGGCGCCGAAAUCAAUCGCGCUACGAAUGACGGUUGGACACCACUUAUCAAAGCUGCCCAAAACGGCCACGAAAGGUUUGUCGAAUACUUGGCAACAGUCGGCGGCGAAAUCAAUCACGCUAAUAAAAACGGUGCGACACCACUUUACGUAGCUUCCCAAAACGGCCACGAAAAGGUUGUCGAAUACUUGGCGACAGUCGGCGCCGAAAUCAAUCACGCCAAUAAAAACGGUGCGACACCACUUUACAUAGCUUCGCAAAAGGGCCACGAAAAAGUUGUCGAAUACUUGGUGUCUGUCGGCGCCGAAAUCAAUCGCUCUCAGAAUGACGGUUGGACACCACUUCACAUAGCUUCUUGGAACGGUCACGAAAAAGUUGUCGAAUACUUGGCGACAGUCGGGGCCGAAAUCAAUCGCGCUGAGAAUAACGGUGUGACACCACUUUACAUAGCAUCAGAAAACGGUCACGAAAAAGUUGUCGAAUACUUGGCGGCAGUCGGCGCCGAAAUCAAUCGCGCUCAGAAUGACGGUUGGACACCACUUCACAUAGCUUCUUGGAACGGUCACGAAAAAGUUGUCGAAUACUUGACAACAGUCGGCGCCGAAAUCAACUGCGUUAAUAAAAACGGUGCGACACCACUUUAUAUAGCUUCCUUGAACGGCCAUGGAAAAGUUGUCGAAUACUUGGUAACAGUUGGCGCCGAAAUCAAUCGUGUCAAUAAUGAAGGUUGGACACCAAUAUACGCAGCUUCUGAAAACGGCCAUGAAAAAGUUGUCGAAUACUUGAUGACAGUCGGCGCCGAAAUUAAUUUUUCUCUUAAAAAAACGGUCGGACACCACUUCCCAUAGAUUCCUAAAACAGCCGUGAAAAAAUUGUCAAAUACUUAGAUACUUACCUACUUGGCGGACAGACAUUUUAGAACGCUACGUUAGAUAUUAUUUGCGCUGUAGUACUUUGCAGAAAGCGUAAUGUAUGGGUAUUUUUAUUAAUUAAAUCAUUGUUGAAUUCGUUGACGCUUAAAAAUUCUAGUAAAUUUAAAUCUCAGAUGUAAAAAAUGAGCUUUCGUCGACGUUUACUUUUGUAAAUAUGAAUGUAAAUUUAAUCAAAUAAAAAAGAAUUUUUUGUACGCUUUUGUAAGCAGAUACUCCUGUAGGAUAAUUUUCUUUAUUUUAUAAAGGAUGUCUGAACAAUUCUGGUAUAGAAUUGUGGGAAUGAGUAAAAAGCCAAUAAAGCUUAAUACUGAUUUCAUUCAAAACAACCUAACUUAUUUAUACAAAUCUAACUAUUUACAGCGUGUGAGUGCUUCUAAACUAAAGGUAAUAAGACAUAUGAAAUUGUAUUGCGACCCAGUUUCUUGUAUGUUCUUUUGUUACAUUACCGCUGCCUUCUUAACGCUGACGAUGGUGCUUGUGCGGUGGUCAGCGUUUCGUAGUUCUGGUGCUUGCAAUUCCAUGUUUCAGCGUUCUACAUUUCUGUCGUUGAUUCUGACCUCCUUAUUGGUGACGUAAAGCGGAAAUUUAAAUUUAAUAAAUCAUUGUUUAAAUUUUAAAAUUUAAACAUGUUGGGUCUCUCGAAAUGGACAGGGACGAUGAGGUUUUUAAAAGGGUUGCACUGGGAACGCAAUGGUAUGGAUUGGUAAUUAAUUAGGGUACUGUUGGCGGGUAAAUGGGCAUCAUCUCGACAGCCUCCUCUUGAGGCCGUGGUUGCGUCCGUUGUCUUCUUCGUUGAAUAAAGAACCAUGCUGUCCAGACUGCAGCCCCAAUUGUUAGAACGGUGAUUCCGGUAAUGACGUUGAAUCUUACAGUGUGCAGAGUUGUCUUUGUCCACGUUGUUUCUUGAAGUUCGGACUGUAUUUCUUCUUCUUCCUUUUCUAAUUCUUUUGGUGUGUUGAGCCGGGACCAUGACUUCUUUUAUUGGUGUUAACUGUUGGUGGAUUUUUGGUGGAACCAAAUUUGCCACCACCGGCCGUGUGGUUGGUAUGGGUGUGACUGGAACUGAUGCCAUCACUCAUUUCUGUCUGGUCCUCCCACUUACCUACAAACAUACUAACCACUAGAUGUAUAAAAUAAUUAAUUUCAACAAAGGGGCUAACAAAGAAAAACCAAUGGGAUGAAACCCCCCUGUGUUGGAAAGAAGUGCUUUCUCGUUCUCUCUCGUCUAUACCAGCAAAUCGCCGUCGAUUUACAUAUUCUUUAUCAAAAAGUCCCUAUCAAUACCAAUUACAUUAUACAAUGAAUCUAUCGAACAGCUUUUUGGAGUGGCCACUGGCUCGCGACUUAACUAGGAUAUCCAGCCAUGGAUCUCGAACCCAUCAAACGUUCUUUUACUGGUGACUCGGUUGUUUCUCACAGGUGGAAACGCAAACUUUAUUCCACGUGUGGUAGGCUAGGUCUAUGUCCAUCAUCCAUCCGAAUUUCCAACCUUUUCUUUUCUCAAAACAUCUGUACAUAAUUAUUUACAAAGUGAGGAAUCGCAUCAUGCCAUUUCGAUAACGGGAUGUCUCGAACAAAGCCCUUCUCUGCCUCUGUGCCCAUCCAUCAUGGUCGCUAUAAAACUGUGCCGUAGCCGUUUUCUUGAAAUUCGACAAAGGGCUAGGCACGCUUGAAACUUAAUUUACUUUUUUAACGACUCCCUCGUAAAAGAUUAGAGAUGUCGUACUAUAAACUUAACCCGAGGGUCCAAUGCCACAUGGAGAGAGGACGGGAUAUAGCUAGAUGGGACAAAGGAAGUAUAUGGAUCUAUUUGUUGGGAUUUUCUGGGAAGGUUCGGAAGAGGUGAUUUUUAAGGGGUCGUUAACAAGAAUUGGACCCAUGAUGGAUAGCCGAGACAAAUUAGCUCGCGACAAUGGUGCCCUUUUUGGGGUUGCCCGUGCACUUGUUACAAUUGCCUCCUGCUUCGACUAAAAAAGUCGACGAUGUGCGUCGAAGACAGUGUCCCGUAUAUUGUUUCGGAUUUUCCAAUUUUAAGUAGCGAGCAAUAAUAGAUGGAACACUUUCUAUCGUAUUUUUCCCAAUGGGUUGUGCUGUAAAGAAAAAAAUUUUUCUCUUCUAAACCGGGUCGUCUUAAACUUGCGUACUUCCGAACCAACUGCAAUGCACCCAAUUCUUCCUCUUCUAUUAUAGUAAACGACUUAGAUUCAUGGGUUUUAGUUUUUGGAAUUCACACUAAUAUAACACUUCCUUUAUCAAUAGCAUUUUCGAUAGUGAGCUGCACCAUCUCAAUUUUUCUUAAAGCACCAAAUUACUAGAAUCACCUGAAACAACAUUUUGAGAACACGUUGUCAAAUAAAUCUUUUGCAUACUAUGUUCAAAAGAUGCGUUUCGUUAGACGCAUCUCUUAUGAACGUUAAAACUUGUUCUCCUGUCAGGACUUGUGAUUUUUUGGGAGAAUAUCCCUUCGACUUUUGCUUAAGGAAUGCGAUCAAUUGUUUGAAAUUCGAAAUGUCAAUAUUUUCAUUUAUCAGGAAAGUCUCUUUCAUGUACGAAUACUUUGCCCACAAGGAAUUAGGGCUGUAUUUUUGGACUAAUAUAUAAAAAAUAAUAUAUUAACAUAAGCCAUCAUCACAGUUUUGUUUAUGCCAUCAAAAGAAUUUUUCCGUUUCCACUGGUUAAAAUUUUCAUCGGGUGGAACCCCGUUGCCCAUCACGGCAUUAUCAUCCGUCUAACUUCCUUGGUACAUUAAUAUCUAUAUAAUGCAAGAGAUUAUGGCAUCAAUGAAAGCGAAUGCGAUAAUUUCAUGAGUGCCAUAAUUCUGCAUUAUAUAAACGAAUGUUAUACGCUAUUUUGUGGUCGAAAUAGCGAUAACGAAAUUUCAAAAAUACAAAUGACAAUUCAUGAUGGUUACCAUGACGUUUUUUCAAACAAUUCCAUUGUCUUCUCUAUGGUGUACCAUUUUGUUUCCAUGCUACGAUUUUAUGGCGCUAUAAAUCGAGCCAUAAUCUGAAAUCGUGCUGUAAUGUGACACAUUACAAAUGAUUUUCGAUGCGUCAAACGGGAAUUAUGAGGCUUAUCGACCACAAUAGUUUUUUAUUCAACUAGUUGGGUAAUGACAGCGAUUAACGAUCGAGCAAUUUUAAUUACACGAGCGACCGAAGGGAGCGAGUGAAAUUAAAAAUAGGCGAGAUCGUUAAUCGCCUUUACCCCACGUGUUGAUUAGAAUAUUUUUUCGAAGAUCGUAAUUUUCGAAAACAGCAAUUUAAAUCAUAUUUUUAACAUUUGUUAUCCAACUAAAUAUACUUGAAAUGUCUAAGUUUGUUUUGACAUUUUAUUAAAUUGGUAUGCAACCAACAAUACUUUGAAAUUUCUGUCGAGUUUAUUUCAUUUAAAUUUGUUUCACAAUACAUUUUUGAUUAAAAAAGCACCCUGUGGAUUCAACUUUUAAAUAUCGCGUUAAUUUUAAAAAACUUUUAUAUUGAAAUAACAAACUUUAUUAGAUUGGUAUGCAACCAACAAUACUUGACUUUUCUGUCGACUUUAGUUUAAUCGUUGAAUAAUGAGACUCAUUAUUGAUCAAUUUUGAACACCAAAUUUGUUCGUAAAUUUCACUUUAAAAUUAUAUUUCGGAACAUUUGGCUUCUGAAUAAACGAAAAAGUGUUUUAACCCCUACACAUUUGAACAACGAGAUCUGAAUUUUGGGGAGAAAUUGGCGUUUGCAGUUUUGUUCGGGAACAGCAGCUCAAUGAUUUUAAUUUUAUCAGGAACAUUUUAUUUAGGGAUGAAUCUAAAUUUUCCAACACUGCCACUAUAAACAAACACAUUUACAUUGCGCACAAGAAAAUCGAUGAAGGAUUCCUGAAACUCAUUUUCAGGGUAUUAUUUCCAUCAAUUUUUAUUUUAAACGUAAUGCGUUACAGUGACUUUUGUUUUGACGUUGUUAAAUUGUGAUAUUUUUGGAAUUCUAAUAUUAAUCAAGAAAUAAAUGGGUAAUGUAUUUCGGGUUGCCGUUAACCACAAACCAGAUACUGCCUAAUAAAGAAACAAAAAGGUAGUCGCAACUAGGUACGAGGGCUCCUAUAAAACAAACAAAUAGAAGAGUAUCAGUUUUGGUUAUAACAAGGAAACAUUUUUAUAGCGCACAGGAUCUAAAUUCUCUACAGACCAAUCGUUGAAAUAGCAAUCAGAAAAAAAUCUAACCGGAAAUACCACACAAAUCUCAACUCAAAAUAAAAUUAAACGAAUCCAAUAACUGAAAAUUUCUCUACACCACUUUAUCACUUUGCCUUCUCCACCGAUUACAGCCGUUUAAGAAUUCCUGAUUAUCUGUAACUGCAAAAAAAGUUAAAAUUCUCUUAUUAAACGUGCAACUAUCCAAAAUAAAUAGCUAAUCGAUUAGCGCCUCUAAAAAGUUAUUAAUGCAAAUGCCUUGAUAGUUACAAUAAUAAAUAUUACAAGACUUCCUGAAACCAAAAACAGGAUUGUGUUUUCUACUUAAUCUACUAAUAAUCAGCGACGCAUGGUAUCGUUUAGUAUUUUCCAAAAAUUGUCGGAAAUGAUUUUUACGAAAACUGACAACCCCACUACAACAUCAUCACGCUUACGAAAAGAAAAAAAAAAUUGAAGAAUUUUUUCUCCGUGGACAUCAUCAUUAAUAAUAGUCUUCAGUGACGGGAAUCCUUUUAUUUUCCACACGUCCGACAACAACGAGAAAAUCACGAAAAUGAAGCAUUCUCUACGUUAAUUUAUUGUGCUGUUGACGUCGUGUGAUAUCGUACAAUAAUAUGCUCAAUUGCUCACACUUCGUCAGGUGCAGACUAGAGCUAUCAAGAUAUAUCAAGCUCAUUAACACUGCAGUCUCCAGAGUGAAGCAUUAUCGUCUACUCUUUUCAGUGGCAAACCAGUAGCAGUAACUACCAGAGAAUAGGUCAACUAGUUGGCACUCCUGGCAAUUCGUGGACGCACCAUGCUUUGGAAAUCGAUUACCCGUUUCAAGGUGUUCAGAAGAAAUUCAGCCUACAAUAGUCGCUAUCCUGGCUCUUCGGGAAAUCGUCCUGUCUACCCUAAAAUUGUUCGCCAAAUUUGAAAGUAUACGGUUUUUCAAAAUUGUAAAUAUUCUACAUAGCAUUGUUUUGAGAAAAGAGAUUGAGUUUUGACCAGACAGAUUGUCCAACUUCCGAACUUGUCGGGGUGUGUUUGAUAUGCCACCUGAACCAGAGCUGAAUGAAUCAGCAAAGCAAGUUUUGAAGUAUGAUAAUCUUAAUUAGAGUUAGAGCGUAGAAAAUUCUCGCCGUUCACAAUAAUGGUAGAUGUAGGUGUAUUUUACGUCGAAUGUUUGUAAGCCUAAUUGUACGAAAAGAAUGUUUCUAUGUAAAGUUGUUUUUUUUUGUAAUUUUUCUCACCUUAGGGUUUAAUUGUGUUUGUUUCUUUUUAUUAAUUAUUUAUUUGAACUUUAUUUUUGUGAUUGCAAAUAAAGGAGUCUGGUCGAAACGA